UUUAAUGUCAGCAUUUAUAUAACAUUAUAUUGCGUGAGUAACCUAGGCUAAUUUUGUAAAAAUGACUAAAUUAUAUAUUUUAUGUUUUAUUGCCAUAAUUUUGGAUGUGGUGUAUGAGCCCCAUGUGUCGGGCAUUGGUGAUAUGUUGAAAAAGGGUGCCGAUGCCUUACACAGUGGGGCCAGUAAGCUAGGUGAUACAGUCAUAGAGCAAGGGUUUACCGCAUUUUGUGCCGGUACUGGUGAGUGCGUUAAAACUCUCAAACCAAUGGGUAUGGGAUUCACGCACUGCGAUAAGGCACACGCCAAGGAACCAUGGUGCAAAUUGAUUGACAACAGCGACACAUUGCACGCGGUUUUAUGCGAUGUGUCCAAAGACAAGGGAAAGACAUGGUUUACGCUGGCGAUGGGGUGCUUCAAAAUGCCCGACGCGACCAAAAAGCAGGACUGUAUGGCCGAGUGGAUGAAGGAGGUUGAGAGCUGCAAAGAGGCCGCCGAUAUGAUCGGCAACGCCGCCAAGGGUUAACCUGUUUUGUGCCGACGUUUUCACAACUAGUCAUAUAAUUACAUAAUUACUAUUAAGUUUUAUUGUUUGUUAAAUACUGUUAUGGAUUAUAGUAAAUACUGUUCGAGUAUUCUGUACUAACAAUAUAAAUUAAAUCAAAUGCAAAACACUAAUUAUUAUAUUUAAUUAUUAUUUUAAAUACCGU